GUCGCUCUAUUGACUGCUGUUAUACCCAAUGCAGAUCGCAUACAGCUCUCCAAGCCUGAAACCAUGCACCCCGGUCUGCGGACGCCACAUGGCCGGCGUGGCUUCUCGGCCCGUUGAGCCCUGCUUUUCUUGAAACACCUCGGGUUGACACGUGAAAGGUGGGACAGACGCGGUGGAGAGUCUGGGAGCUGCUGUCGUUGGCAGAGUCACGUAUACGCGCAAACAUGUGCAAACACGUACUCAACGCGCAGGUGGCCAUCCGCUCGCCCUGCUGCCGCCAAUGGUACGACUGCGCGCAAUGCCAUGCCGACAACCAGUCACACCCACUUAAGCAGGCGCUUGAGAUGACAUUUGCGUGCAAGAAGUGCAAGAAGUGCUUCCGUAAGGAUAUGCAGGAGUUUGAGGAGAGCGAUGAGUAUUGUCCUCACUGCGAUAAUCAUUUCUUGCUAGAGGCCAAGGAACCCAAAGCCCGCCUGGAGGUGGAAGGGGAGGAUGUUAGAGUCGACUCGAGAAUGUUGAAGGACGAACGACUCAAGCAGGCAGAAGGUGUGACUGUUUGGGAAGAUGAGGGCGAAGCGGCAAGGCUAGGCUGAAGUGCAUCACCAGAAAGAGCAUAACCUAACAACAGCGCGUGGAUUUGUCAAGCCGACGCGAUACCAGCCAGGAACGCAGCUGAUAGCUCUUGAGAAUGGGCUGGGGUGAAUCGACGUCCAUGCCGUAGUGGCCUAUGUGGCGAAUUCAUCGCCUGCCAACGGAAGACGAUCUUACACAAGGCAUGUCACUCGACAUUGUGGAGGUGCACCAGCGGCCAGGAUAGAUUUGAGACGUCCGAGCCGCGGCGGACGAACGCUCGCGGCUAGUGGCUGGAGUGCACAAUGUAAAUCGAGACCGAAUUGUGGGGCGAGGCGAAAAGUGCUUGCGCAACG